AACAACAUGUGAUAUUUGUCCUUGUGUUCUCACAGCUGAGCUUAUAACAUCAAUUCAACUGUCAAUAUUGAAGGAAUAAUUGGAUUGCAUACACAUUUCUUGAACAAGCUGACCUGAUCUGAUCAGCAAAUGCAAAAGAAGACAGACAUGUUCCUCUUUGAAGGGUCACACUCAUCUGCAGCUGCAAUGUGGAUUUAUUUAGGUCUACUGAUCUACAUUCCUUUCUCAAAGAGUUCAGAUGUUGACACAAUGGAGGUCCAGUACACAGUGCAUCAUGGCCCAGGUGGCAAGCUGCAGUUUCAGCAGACAACUCUGUUCCAUGGACACAUGAUAUUUACCUGCAACAGCCCAACACUGAGAGAUCAACCACAACAGGACUGGGUAACACAUGCAUUCACCCAAGAGGAACUGGAGGAAAGACACCAGCAGUGUAAAAGUCAGUGUGAUGAGCACUUUGGUUCAUUUGAGAAGAUAAAACAGACAAUCACUGUUUCAGCAGUUAUUCUUCAAAGACGUCGAGGUUGCUUAAUCAGCAGCUCAGGAAAGUCCUUUGAUGAGUGGGGUGUGAAUGGAGAGGACUUCCUGACCUUUGACCCCAGUGCUCUUAAAUGGACGGCUCAGACUGAUGAGGCCAACCCUUUAGCAGCAGAGUGGGAUGGAGAGCUCUUCAUGAAUAAUGCCUACAAAGCUUUUGGCAAUAGUUUGUAUUUUGUAUUGGAGAAGAAGCUACCCGCAAGGCCCAGUGAUGAUGCACACACAGGUGUGGAGCUUCACACAAUUGUUGACGCCAUAGCAGGACAAACUGUCUCAUAUUUACAAUGUCAUGUGACGGGCAUCAGCCUAUCAGGAGUCAGCAUCCAGUUAACUAAAGAUGGGGUUCCUCUUGAUCAUGGAGUUCAUCACACUGGACCACGUCCCAAUGGAGACGGAACAGUUCAGAUGAGUGUCCUGGUUAAGACCACAAUAGACAACAGUAAAACGUGUCGAUGUGAAGUUCACAGUGAGACUUUCAACAAGUCUGCUGUCUUUGAUUACCCACCACCUCACCAUUGUGCUGAGAUUGCAACUGUUACAUCUAGCAUGCUGUUUCUUGGGGUACUGAUUGGUUGCCAUGUGUUAUGGCUGCAUGUGUGGGGUGUGGGUGAGGAGGAGGAAGGGCCGCGGCCGAGGCUGAGGCAGAUAUAAUCAUAAAAGGUCUCCCAACUGAUGACUGAUCCUCGUCUUCGAUUCAACUCAGCUUGAACCCGUUCACAAAAAUCUGAAAUAGAAAAAGAAAAUCUAUAUCAAACUGAUGGCAGCUCAUCUUCAGAUUCAACUCAAAGACUGAACCCUUCCAUAUCCGAGAGCAAAAAACAAAACUUUGUGAUAGCAUUAACAAAAUACAGUCAAAAUGUCUACUUAAGAGCUUCAAGGUACUUGAUAUCCCAUGCCCUUUGGUGCUGGACACAUCCACUGAGUGUCCAAGGGAAUGUCCACUGAGGUGCAAGCACUUCACAUGUUUAAUAGCUAAUAGCUAGAGCUCAGUAUUCCUCUUUUGGUACCCACCAGUCAUCAUGUAACAUGCCUUGUUUGUAUGCUAAUUACCUAUGCACAUGGUUAGUUGCCAGUUGCCUUUUUUGGAAAUCUCAGCUGUACUGAUGUUAGCAUGCUUGUCAUAUGUGAGAUUGAUACUUGGACAGCAAAUAUAUUAAUACGGCAGAUCCAUGUAUUCUGCUCUUAUAUUGUUACUGUUAAUGCACUGCAUAUAUAUUUACUGUAAGGGCUUCUCAACGGGGGCGGUACGGCUCCCUAGGGGGUGUAUCACAAUUUAGUUUGUGUAGUGGUUGUAAUUUUUAACAUGUAAAACUUUCAUGAUUUUCAAAUCUUUUCAGUAUAAAAAUAGUCUAACUGAAAUAAAUAGGCCAUGUUAAGUGGCAAUGGGCUAAUUUACUAUGUAAGCAAUAUAGCAUGAGUUGGCAAUGGUUUAGAGCCACUGCUGUAAGCCAUACCACUUCCUUAACUGCAUAUUAUGUUGCACUAUAUGUCAUAUACUGUGUAUUCUGUUUAUACUGCACUACCUAUACUGUUCACAUAUUGCACUUUUCUGCUUUUUUUGCACUUCUGGAGGCUAAUUUAAUUUAGUCUCUUGACAAUUAAGUUGAAUCAAAUCUA